AUGAACCUGAAAACUGUCCUCAUCCUCCUGGUCCUGGCGCUAGCCACAAUCUUCGCUUUGGUUUGUGUGUUGCUGACGAGAGGAGUAAAACCAGCCAGCUGUGAGCCGCAGAGCCUGAGCAGCCAGGGGGGAGAGCACAGUGACCAGAGCCUGGUCUUCGCUGAUCUGACGCCGGAAGAAAUGGGGCAAGUGGUGAGGUACCUGCAGCGCAGCCUUGGGGUGCCAUUGGUAGACGCCUAUAAUGCAAACCCCUCCGAUAACUGCAUUUACUACAUCGAUGUGCAGCUCCCCACCAAGGCAGAGGUGCUGGGGUUCUUGGAUCGUGGGGGCAGGCGACCCCCCCGGCAGGCGCUGGCUGUGGUGUAUUUUGGAAACCAACCAGAUCCGAAUGUCACGGAGUACGUGGUGGGUCCCCUGCCCAAGCCAACAACUCACCAGGACAUCACGGUGCAGAAGUACGGAGGGAAGCUGCCGUAUCACCGCAGACCGGUGCUGGAUGCUGAGUACAAGCUGAUUGCUGGCUAUUUACGGAGGACGGCAUUUCCCACAGCUCUAACCUUCCUGAAUCAAGUAUUUGGUUAUGAUGGAACUAAUUUAGCAGCUAUGACCACAGCCCCCCGGGGGUUCCAGUCCGGAGACCGCAACACCUGGUGUGCUCUGUUCCACAACGUGAGCGGCUACUUCCUGCACCCGGUGGGGCUGGAGGUGCUGGUUGAUCACAGCAGCCUGGACGUCUCCCAAUGGCGGGUGAGAAAAGUGUUCUAUAACGGCCAGUACUACGGGGACUUGGUGCAGCUGGAGAGCGAGUUCAAGCAGGGCCGUGUCAAAGUGGACCCAGUUACGAGAGCCCCACCCGACGGGGGAUUCUCUUCCAUGCAGCCCCGAGCAGCCCCCAGGGCUCCGUUCCCUCUGCAGUACGAGCCGCAUGGGCCCCGCUACAGUGUCCGAAACAACCAAGUCGUCUCCCAGGCCUGGAGCUUUGCCUUUGGGGUGAACGUGAACACGGGGAUGCGUCUCUUUGACAUCAGAUUUAAGGGGGAGAGGAUUGUCUAUGAAAUCAGUGUCCAGGAUGCUAUAUCUGUCUAUGGGUCCAACUGUCCUGGAGGGAUGUCAACCAGGUACAUGGAUGGGAGCUUUGGCAUCGGGAGAUUCACGUACCCGUUAGUCCGGGGGGUUGAUUGCCCCUAUUCAGCCACCUACGUAGACACACACUACUUAGCUCAAUCCCCAAACCCUAGAAUUAAUAAAAACUCCAUCUGCAUUUUUGAGCAGAACUCUGGGUCUCCUCUGAGGCGCCAUUACUCCAACUUGCAGUCCCUGUACUACGGGGGUCUGACCAACUCUGCUCUGGUCCUUCGGUCAGUUGCCACUCUGGGCAACUAUGACUACGUCUGGGACUUCAUCUUCUACCAGAACGGAGCGAUCGAGGCCAAAGUCCAAGCCACAGGCUAUCUGAGUUCGUCCUUUCUGUAUGGUGACGGUCUGGACUAUGGCAAUAGGGUUGGGGAUCACACCCUGGGGACGGUACACACCCAUUCCAUCAAUUAUAAAGUGGACUUGGACGUUGGAGGUAGGUCUCUUGGUGAUGUUUCUUUCUCUCUCCUGUGCCUCUCACUUAUUACGUGCUACAGGCAGUCCUCGGACUUAGGACACAAUUGGUUCCUGAAAAUUGCGUCGUAAGUCGAAACGUCCUAACUCGGAACCGCAAUCCACUCUAUUGCGGGACCGAGCAUCCUAAAGUUGAAACUAAUUGUCGUAAGUCGAAUCAGGGUGUCAAUUCAGAAACGUAAGUGCUGUUCGUUGUAAGUCGAAGGUGGUAAAGUCGAGGACUGCCUGUAUGCUGUAGAACUGCAGGAGUGGGGGCUGCCCCAAGAUGCAGAACUCUUGCAGAUGGCCAGCAGCAGCUUCCCUGGUCACUUUCUUACCCUUAGAGCUCUUUGCAACGUUAUUUAUUGACUUAUUCAAAUUAAGAGUCAGGGAACGUCACAAACCCCAGGAGCCAUGCGAAUCCCAGCAAGAGACAGCUGGUGCGGGGAAAACGGGCAAGGUAGCAGUUUGGAAAUGUG